AUGGAGGUCGUCGUCUCUGGGCUACAAUGCCCCUCGGGAAUCGCGCUUGAAGCCGCCAAAGGCGAACUGUACUGGUCAGACUUGGCAGACAGGAAGAUCCACCGUGUCUAUCUGGACGGGUCCGGUGCCCAGGAGGCGGUUGUUGAAGGCCUGUCUGCACCCAGCGGCACAUCCUUGGCCCUCGAUGAGGAGCGGCUACUGUGGGCGGAUCUCUCCCUGCGACAAAUCCUCUGCGCCAAGCGCGAUGGCAGCUCCAAGUCCCCGCAGAUCCUGGUGUCGGAGCUGAACAAGCCGAACGCCGUGGCGGUGGAUGCCUUCAGCCGGAAGGUGUACUGGGGCGACUUCGGAACGCGGAAGGUGCACCGAGCUUGCUCGGAUGGCACUCAGCCGGAAGUGGUCGUUCCUUAUGGCAAGAACUCCACAAGCAUCGUGGUCGACUCGGUGCGCUCCAAGCUGUUUUGGACCAACUUCGGCACGCACGCGAUCUACCGCUGCGAUCUGGACGGCCGUGACAUGCAGCCGCUGAUCACAGGUCUCGAGGGACCCAGCGCCGUGGCUUUGGCCCCGCGGGCCGGCCGAUUGUACUGGGUUGAGCGUACCGCUGGCCGAAUCCGCCGGGCCUGCGUGGAUGGAACUCUGGUUGAGGAUGUGGUCUGCAAUCUUGGCGAUGCCUGGCUGCAUAGCUGCUGGCUAGGACUGGGACAUCAGGCCGUUGAGUUCGUUUCUGCGAGGAAGGACCCCUGGGCACUGGCCCUGGGCCCAGAGAGCCACAGUGGCUCUGCCUGA